UCUCUCAACAAUAAAUAAAUGUUAAAAAAAAUUUUUUUUUAAACCCUGUGUGCUCUUAAGACAUCUUUUCUCAUGAUAAUGCCCUGAAGAGAAAGUCCUAUAUCAUCUUUUGUUUUUAUACCAUUGCUGAGCACACACUGGAUAUUUAACGAACAUUUCAUUAAUUUACUGUUGUAAAGUCAGGCACUGUGGGAUGCUUCUUAUUCUUUCGGUGAGGCUUUUUUUACGUUUCCUGAGGAGGAUUCAAAGAAAGCAAAAAAACCCAUUACCAUUUGCCAAGGUGUGAAAAUUGUAGUUGAGAGGCAAAACAGCCAUAUCAGAUAUUUUAAAAUUUUAUGAGUGUGGAAGAUUUGUUGGAUGUACAAUAACAUUGCAGUUUUUUUCUAGCUAAUUGUCAGAAUGAGUGGUUUCGGGCAGCAGUGGGACUGUCCUGGAAGUUCAGAGAAAAUGGAGCUUAAAGUUAAAGUAUGCAAAAGAUGAGAGGAGUCAUUUUUUGAGAUUAUGGAACAAUGGCUCCUCCCUAAAGAAUAUGUAAGUACUAAAUAGGGUGAGAGGUGAUGAGGUAGAGCAAGUUAAGAUGGGAAAGGAACAUGAGCAAAAUAUUGUAAUUAUUUAGAGUCUAGAAUUCUUGGAACAGAAGGUAUUUGUUCAGGACUGGAAAAAUGCGUGCUUAGAUACCAUGAAUGAAUUCAUUAUAAUGUAUAGUUUUGUUCACCAGGCUGAUUGCCCUGGAUAUUUCAGUUGGUUACUAUUAGUUGAGGGAACCCAGGACGCUGCUUCCCAUUAGUUGAAGCAGCGAGGAAAGAAGACAGGAACUUCACUCUGCGUAAAGAAAUGUGUACCGAAGGGGUGCCUGGGUGGCUUAGUCGGUUGAGUGUCCGACUUCAGCUCAGGUCAUGAUCUCUCUGCUGGUGAGUUUGAGCCCCACAUCGGGCUCUGUGCUGACAGCUCGGAGCCCAGAGCCUGCUUCGGAUUCUGUCUCCCUCGCUCUCUGCCCCUCCCCCGCUCACACUCUGUCUCUCUCUGUCUCUCAAAAAUGAAUAAAUGUUAAGAAAAUUAAAAAAAAAAAUGUGUACCGGUGGCUAUAGCCCACUGCUUGGAGCAGCUCCACAGAGAAGAAGGCGUGAGGUUGAAAGCUGGAGUGUUGUACUAACACUCCACAAGGAGAGAAAUUCAGGAGGGGGGAUAUAACUCCUUCUCCCUCUUUUUUUAAGUUUAUUUAUUUAAGCAGUUUCUACACACAAUAUGAGGCUCAAACUCAUGACCCCAAGAUCAAGAGCCAUGUGCUCCUCCAAUUGAGCCAGUCAGGCACCCUCCCCCCUUUUUUAGUGGAGAGAUCGACUGGGGAUUUGUAGUGUCUUGAGGAUAGGAAUGAAAAAAUGUAACUUCAGGAUAAAGUGACUUCAGCUUUCUAAGGACUAGGUUGUUGGGUAGAUUGAAAGAAAAUGUAAAAACUGUACUUGUCAAAUAAAAAUACAACAAAUAGUUGUCAUAUAUAGAAACCCAACCAGAAUAAAAGCAAUAGCAAGCAGACAGAAUCUAUGCCUGGGCUUCCAAGGACACAGGAGAAUGAAUCCCAGCUGUUGUAGAUUGGUGCCCUCUGCAGACAUGUCUCACCUGUGAUUUGGAUGGAGUUGGAGGACUGGAGAUGUAAGAAUGUUCUUGAAGAAGCUGAUUGGCUACUUGUUGAUGAAUCAGAGAAGAACCAAGAAAGCAAAGACAAUUUUUUGAAUUCAGUUUUGUUCACCUUCAAUAAAAUUCUGACUAUGGAGAGACUCCAUGGUUAUAACAUGAGCACAAGCCUUAAUCCUACAAGAAAAAAACCAUAUGAAUGUAAAUCAUAUGGGAAGAGUGUGCAGUCUACUUUAGAUUUACUUAAUUAUAAUACAUACUAUACUGGAGAAAACUCUUAUGAAUGCACUCAAUGUGGGAAAACCUUCAAAAAGAAGUUUCAUUUCAUUAGACAUGAAAAAAAUCAUACAAGAAAAAAGCCCUUUGAAUGCAACGACUGUGGGAAAGCCUAUAGCAGGAAGUCUCACCUUACAUCUCAUCAGAAAAUCCAUAAUGGAGAGGGAGCCUUUGUGUGCAGUGAUUGUGGGAAAGCAUUUAUGUACAGAGCACAACUGGUGGUCCACCAGAGACUUCACACUGGAGAGAAGCCUUAUGAAUGCCAUCAGUGUGGGAAGUCAUUCACUUGGAACUCUUCCUUUACCCAACAUGUGAAAUCUCAUACACUCGAAAACUCGUUUGAAUGUAAAGAAUGUGGGAAAACCUUCAGGUAUAGCUCAUCCCUUUAUAAACAUUCUAGAUUUCAUACAGGAGAGAAACCCUACCGAUGUAUCGUAUGUGGCAAAGCCUUUGGUAACACAUCUGUGCUUGUUACGCAUCAAAGAAUUCAUACAGGAGAGAAACCAUAUGGGUGUAUUGAAUGUGGCAAAGCCUUCAUCAAGAAGUCACAUCUCCUUAGACAUCAGAUAACUCAUACAGGAGAAAAGCCCUAUCAAUGUAACAAAUGUGGGAAAGCUUUUUCCCAGAAGUCAAAUCUUAUUGUACAUCAGAAAACUCAUACAUAAUAUUCAUGCUGUGAAUAUGACAAAGCCUUAAAUAUUAGAUAAAUCUUAUUAAAUCGAAAAUUCAUGGUGAAGACAAAUCUACCAAUUUGGAUUUGGCAAAGUAGAUUCCCAUAAAAAAAAUAAUGCCAGUCAUGUUCUGAAAGUGAUAAUAAAGUGUUAAAAAGAUCACAGAAAACAUUGAUUUAUAAAUAAUAGAGCAUGGAGCUUAAAAAGUAGCAUAAAUUAAUGAAGGAAUUAGUGAAAACUACAUUUACCGUCUCUGAUUUUUAUUUUUAUAACAAAUUAUCAAAUAUGCAAGUGUGAGUAUAAAAUGUUUACGUAUUAAAUUAUAUCUGUUAAGAGUGAAGCACAUACCAUUUUUUCUUCCAAUCCUAAAAACCUGCAAGUGAAAAAAUGUGGUUUAAUACGAAGUAUGAAUUUCAGUAAUAUUUUCAUCCAUUUACUGGCACUUUUAAUGGGCAAGGCAGUGUUACUGAAUCUCAGUCUCCUCUUUAAUUAUAAAACUUGUUAAAAAGAUGUUUUCCUGUGUAUGUAAGCAGCAAAACAAACAAUAUACCAAUUGAGAGGGAAAGGCAUUUGUAUUCUGUAUUACGGUAAGCAUUCAGUUGAAAAUAAGUUUGUAAAUAAAACAUUUGCCCUUCACA